GCUCGUGAGAGCCACCGUUCGCAGAUCUGAGAGUCGGCAGAAAACUUUGAAAAGAGUGAGAGCACCGCGGAGAAAUACAGCUGCGCGGCCAAACUUCAACCAGCAGCAGCAGCAGCAGCAGCCCGGGGGGACCGGGAGGAGGAGUCAACAGGUCCCAGAGCUUAGAAGCUGCAAUCGAUUCAAGGGGAGAUUUCCUUGGCCAAGGACAGGGAGAUUGACGUUUUUGGGAAGAAGGGCUCGUCCGAGCAAUCGAUGCGGGCAGUCCACCAGCCGGAAGCCCAGCUGGCCGAACAGCACACCACUCAAUCAGUCUGAGCAGCAGCACAAAAGGGCUGCCGCCGACCAACAGAGGCAGAGGUUGUUUGACUCCAAAGAGGAGGCCCGGCCAAGGAGAAGAGCUUUGUCUUGGCAUCAUGUGAUCUGCGCAUUCCCUAGGAGCGCUCUACGGUGGAAGAGUGAAUCUGUGCUCUUUUGGAGGCAUCACAACCACUAGCACCCCUAUCACCACUAUCGCCACUCCUGACUGCAGUCAUCAAAGCCACCUGUUCCUGACUCAACUUGCUAUCUGUCUCUUUCACCCCUUCAUCUUGAGGAUAAGGAAUGGCCGUGCGAGUUCUGAGCUCCCCCAACGCCUCUCGCAAAUAAAGCCUUUCAGUUUGUUCCACAAUACCACAGAAAGGACGGAUAAAACUCUCUAAGGUCCUCUUUUAUACUUCUGCCCUGUGGCUCUUUUUAUCUUUAUUUCAUUUAUUAACACACAUUCACUAAACCAACUGGAUUUGUGUCUUGGUGACAUCGACAGCAACCAUUUUACAGAGACCAGCACCCGUUUCCAAAUCAUAAGGAGUUUUGUUUUUCUUCAUACUUCGUUUGGCAGUCUUUUGGAAUAUCUACUACAUGCAGUGUCCCUAUGAGGGAUUAAACCAGUGCAGGAAUCCACACUGACUCCUCGCUUCAUUAGAUCUUGUUAAGGUGGUUUUUCCAGUGAGGUCUGUUUGUGACUGGAGGUGGACUUGAGCCAUCAUGGCUGGGAAGGGCAACCCGGUGCCAGGCACCCACCUCAAUGGCUUCCCCGUGCCCACCUACUCCUACUUCUUUCCCCACAUGCUUGGGAGCCUGUCACCUCCAGCCCUGCCAGGACUGCCUCUCAGUGGGUACAGCACCCCCUCACCAGCCACGAUAGAGACCCAGAGCACCAGUUCAGAGGAGAUAGUGCCAAGCCCACCCUCACCUCCCCCGCCGCCCCGCGUCUACAAGCCCUGCUUUGUGUGCCAGGACAAGUCCUCAGGGUACCACUAUGGUGUCAGCGCCUGUGAGGGCUGCAAGGGCUUCUUCCGGAGAAGCAUCCAGAAGAACAUGGUGUACACUUGUCACCGGGAGAAGAACUGCAUCAUCAACAAAGUCACCCGCAACCGCUGCCAGUACUGCCGGCUGCAGAAGUGCCUGGAAGUCGGGAUGUCCAAGGAGUCGGUGAGGAACGACCGGAACAAGAAGAAAAAGGAUGAGAAGAAGCAGGAGUGCACGGAGAGCUACGUGCUGAGUCCCGACACGGAGCAGAUGAUCGACAGGGUUCGCAAGGCACACCAGGAAACUUUCCCCUCUCUCUGCCAGCUGGGCAAAUACACUACGACUAACAGCUCAGAACGACGUGUGUCCUUGGACGUAGACCUGUGGGACAAGUUCAGCGAGCUCUCCACCAAGUGCAUCAUAAAGACAGUGGAGUUUGCCAAGCAGCUGCCCGGCUUCACGACGCUCACCAUCGCCGACCAGAUCACUCUGCUCAAAGCUGCCUGUCUGGACAUCCUGAUACUCCGGAUCUGUACGCGCUACACACCAGAGCAAGACACCAUGACUUUCUCAGAUGGACUCACGCUAAACCGAACCCAGAUGCACAACGCUGGCUUCGGCCCCCUUACCGACCUGGUUUUUGCCUUUGCCAACCAGCUCCUUCCUCUGGAGAUGGACGAUGCAGAGACAGGGCUGCUCAGCGCCAUCUGUUUGCUGUGUGGAGAUCGUCAGGACUUGGAACAGGCAGAGAAGGUGGACGUCCUGCAGGAGCCCCUCCUGGAGGCGUUGAAGAUAUAUGUGAGGAGGAGGAGGCCCCACAAACCACACAUGUUCCCCAAGAUGCUGAUGAAGAUCACUGAUCUGAGAAGCAUCAGCGCUAAAGGAGCUGAGCGUGUCAUCACCUUGAAGAUGGAGAUCCCCGGCUCCAUGCCCCCUCUCAUCCAGGAGAUGCUGGAGAACUCAGAAGGCCUGGAAAGCGGGGCCACAGGCAGCCGGCCCAGUGGCGCCCCCCCUGGCAGCUGCAGCCCCAGUCUGUCCCCUAGCUCGGCCCAAAGCAGUCCAGCCACACAAUCGCCGUAGUAGCGGCCCACCUUUUUAUUUUUCCUCACGAUGCUCUCUGUCUCCUCCCUCGGAGGAGAGGAGGGGAGAAGUGGGGGGGGGGAGUCUUGACCCUGACUGCUGAACACAGGAGACCGGCAGAGCCAACCUCCUCCUCUGCUACAACACAAACCCCCACCUCUUGAUCUGCUUUCCCUCACUCUGGAGCACCGUCCUGACGUGAGGGGAGGCAAGGCCGGGGCAGGCCGGGAAACAGGAUGCCUCACACCGUAAACACUGCUGAUGACUCAUCCUCCUUCUCCCUCCACUCUCCUCUCCACUGCUGCUCCUCCCCUCUCCACCUUUCUCCAAAAGACUCAUGGAAACAAAUCUGGAUGCAGUGGAGACCAGUUUUCGGAUGGAACCGAGAGUGGGUGGAGCACCGUGGGACAAAUAUAUGAACAAGGACAAUGAGUACAGACUGACUUGACGAACUUCAGACACUUUUUUUUUGGGUUAUACUCCGAGACAGACUGCAAGUUUGGGACUUGUCAAAGGACCCCCCUCCUCAAAGACUCUGGGUCUUUUCUCUUUUUCCAACUUCAACAAACAGAUUUCGUACAAAAGAUAUAUAAAUAUAUAUAGAAAAAGUUAAGGAACUAUUGUGAUUAACAUGUCUGGACACAGAAUGGCAGGUUGAAAUGAGGACAUGUUUUCUGAGAUUAGAACUUGUUGUACUCCUUCACUGUUUGAAUCUUUUCAUACCCAUCAAGAGUAUUGAGAGAGAUGUUUCAGUUUUAUCACAUUUGUACAUUAUUCUAAUUAACAAAAAGCAAAAGAUGUUGAGAUUUCUCUCCAGUCUACACAUGCAAACACACACACACACACACACACACACAUACAAAUGUGCACAGAAAACAAGUCGCAAUGAACAUCACCUACUAUUCCAGGUUGGAUUUGUUUUCCUUUUUUUCUUUAUUUUUUUUUGCUUCCAAGAGAAUGGAAAAAAAAUGAUUGUAUGAACUUGGUUGUAUGAUAUGGUCACAGGUCCUUUCAAGAAAUCAAAUUAAUGAAGAUUCAUUAUUAAGGUGUAUUUUAAGUAGCCUUUGAGUUUGUGUAUAUAAGCUGUAUUCAUUUCUUUAAAACUAUGAAGAGUUUUAGGCUUCACCUGAUUUUUUUUUUUUUAAGAAUACCUUUUAUGUGUUUUGUUUAUAGGUUUGUGAUGCAAGAAAAGACAUUUUGAGCACAUUUUACUGAAGGAAGUUCUUUCAUGUUUUGUGUCCUACUAAAUACUGGACAGACCCUUAACCAAUCACUGGCUGUUCAGAAUGUGGCUUUCACAAACAAUUUCAACCUCCCCCUCUACACUUUUAAACAUGUUUUUUACAUACAGUAGACAACAAAGUAGCACUCCAGUCGGGGCAUAGCUUUUUGGCCAUGUAGCAGAAAGAAAUGGUGUUUUCUGAAAAUGGUGAGCGAGACGCCUCUUGUAGCCUGCCACGUUCAAGUGCGCUACAGCAGCUCAGCUUCAUAGACAGUUAAAAUGUGAAGAAUGGUGUACAUACACACUGUAUAAAACACAAGUGAUUCUCAGUAGUCUCUGAAUGGAUCAAUAAUGUGUAGUGGAUGGGAAAAGACUAGAUUGUAAUGAUCCCUCUGCUCUGUCAGUGGUCAGGCAAGUGAAGGUCCCAAAUGUGAUGUUUGUCAAUCCUCACAAAUCUCCCCCAGGCAACCUGUGGUAAAAAACAAAUAUGUGACUUUUUGCCGGAUCCAGAGCAACCUUGCACCCUGCGACUCACUUUACGCCAAAACGCCUUCACCGUUAACUCACAUGUCAUCUACACCAUCAUUACUGUACACACGCCAAUGUCUCAGGAAGGAAUCAUUUUGUGUGCUUGGCCUGUUCUUUGUACAUGUUCUGUGCUGCACCUCCUAACCCUCCUGUCACAGAUGCACACAUACACACACUUCUGCUACUGAGCCCCUGAAUUUUUCUUCAGUCACUCAUUUUUGUUUGGCCUGGCAGACCAGGACUUGUGCAGAGAGACGCCGACCCUGACCCCACAACGUUACGACAUAGGAUGCCAGUUUGGGGUCUCUCUGAGUCGUUCACGUGUUCUUUUUAUUUGUACGGUCAAAGCUGCUUUCAUCAUUUAGGACGUCACCUGUCCAGAACAGCGCACAACUUUUCCCUCCACAGCUAAUCUGGAAUAGCAACAGACACACCGUCAGUUUGAGAAGUAUGGAAUAUGUUGCAAUUUUGUCAAGAUUAUCAAGCGACUUUGGAAAAAAAAAAAACAACAAAAAAAGAACAAAAAUAAAA